AUGACGACCCCGAACCUCGAAAACGGCGGAGAUGUUGUGGCAAGCUUGGCAUCCUCUGUCGCGGUAGCUGCGAAGCCAAUCUUCAUUCCUCUCGUCACAGUUGUGGACUUUCACCAUGCGCGAGGCCCCGAGGUUGAGAAGUGGUUCGGAGUACCCGAAGGAACGGAUCCGGCAGCGGACUGGGACUGGUCGUUGCUACCUUUCAUGGCCUUGAGCGAUGGAGCACAUGCCUCGACCGAAGACUUCUCCUAUUUUACCUUGCUCCGACCCGCGGUUGGCGACCAGCCUGCAACAUCCCUCUUCGGCAUUUCUUGCACGCGGCAGCUGGACGCAUCCCAGCUGCUCAACCGACCCGCCGAUGUCACCCGAUCGACCGUACAAAAAGCCGUAGUGGUAAUCGCAGACAGUCCACAGUUCUUUGGCAUGCUGAGGGAACGACUUUCGGUGGUGACGAGUGCGUGGUUUGCCCAGCGCGAGUUCACCGAUUGUGAGAUCUUGCGACGCUUCCAAGACAGUCUGAAGGCGGAGAAAGAGCGGGGGCAGUUGAACGAGGAAGAAGAUCGCGACCAAUAUCUGGGAAUGAGCUUGCGAGAGUUGGUUAGGGAGUUUAAGUGGCAGACCUUGGUACUGCUGAAGUGCUGUCUAUUGCAACCCAAGAUGCUAUUCUUUGGAGCGCGUUGCGAGCGUUUAUGCAUGAUGCAGUUUUCCCUCAUAUCAUUAAUACCGGGCUUGCUGAGGAAUCUCCAGGAUUGCGCAGGACCAGAACUGAACAACUACGAAAAGAAAUUGACCAGACCGACGAGCUUGAGGACAAGCGAUCGAAACUCUUUGCUGUGCUACAUGGGCCUGCCGCUGCAGAUAUUUGGCAAGGGGAGCUUAUUUGGGCCAUACACGCCGCUUCAGCAACUCGACAUCCUUGCUGACUUUGGAACCAAAUCCUACAUCGUAGGAAGUACCAACUCACUCUUGCUGCAACAAAAAGACCGGUAUAGUGAUAUACUCAUCAAUCUCGAUGAUGACACGAUCAACAUCACCUCCUCUUCAUUGCGAUCUGCUCUGGCGCUAUCAGCCUCAGACCGCCGUUGGAUCGAUUUCAUCACACAAGAAGUUAACGACACUUGGGACGAGAAAAAUCCUGGGCGACCCAAUCAUAUGGGCUACCGGGGCAGUGAAGAGUUCAUCCGGAUGCAGUUUGAGGAAUAUCUGUUGUCAUUGAUAUCCUCGGUCAAGUAUCACAACUACCUUGCACAGAACGUGAAUAAUCCAAAAGCGGUGUUGUCAUAUGUCGAAGGUGACCCGGCGAUGGACUUUGGCUCCGAAUGGGUCGAGUAUUGGGCAAAGACCGAGAACUACCGCAUCUGGAACGCAAAUACGGAAUCUCACCUCUUCGAUAUUGUAGAGCCGAAGCAUCCUUGCGCGGGUGGCCUGACCAUCGAUGAUGUUUCGCGGCGCAUUCAACAGCAAGUGCAGGAACUUCACCUCGAUGAACGGUUCGCGGUGGGACGGGAGGUAAUUGGCCGGAACGCCGCUACAGCUCGUGACAAGGCAAGCACAAUGUUCAACAAGCUAUACGCAGAUAUGGAGGCCAUGCGCGAAGCACAGCGUAAACGUGCCGAGGAGUCCAAGGCAGCGGCUGCCGCGCCUCCGGUAGACCUCGCAAAAGCACAACAGACGGUGAAUUCCGUAGGCGCGAAAGCCGGUGCUUACAUCGGCAGCUGGGCCUCCUGGGCCGGUGAAAAGCGCAAGCAAGGCUGGGGGCGGUCGAGCGGAAGUACUGCCAGCAGUACCGGUGGGGGCGGCGGCGGCGGCUGGGGACUGAGCCGUAGGUCUAAGGGACCGUCGGAAUUCGGCAGCGAGAAGGGCACCCCGCUUAAUAGUCCAGGGUUUCCGCCCGAGGGGAAGGCCGCGGGAUUCAGGGACUCGAUGGUAGGGAGUGAGAGAAGCGAAAAGGAAAGACCAGGGAUACAGAGCAGCUUCACCGAGAGUCUUCUUGACGGCGUCAGUUCGGAUGCUGGAUCCUCUCCGCCAGCGAGUCCGCGAAAGGCAGAACGGCCGCUGUCGGCGGGGGGGAUCACGCCGAAACGGAUGGGCCAGUCGCAGUUGAAGGGAAUAGAUGAAGUCGUUGCAGAAGCAAAGGUGCCGGCACAGAAAGAUAAAAUAGCACCGACACCUGAAGGGAACACGGAUGCGGCUCCGUAG